GAUGCAAAGAUUUUGUAGGGGCUAAACUGAAUCAUUGUUUUACACAGCCCAUUCUGGUUUUUUUAUAAAUAUCACGAGAUAUUGCUAUACCCUUUCUCUCAGAGUUGAUAUAAAUAUAUGUUGAAUUAAAUUUUUUUCACAAUGAAUGAAAUGAAAGAAACUCUAUUACCUUUUUGGGGAGAAACAACGGCAACUUUGGAUUGGUGCGAAGAAAAUUAUAUAGUUCAUAAAUAUAUCGCCGAAUUCAUCAAUACUACAACAAAUCUUAUUUUUAUCACUUUGGCAAUUUUCGGUAUUUACACUACUUUCAAAUGUGGUUUGCCUUUUCGUCACGCAUUUGGCUAUGCCGCAAUUGCAUUGAUCGGGAUAGGAUCUUGGUGGUUUCAUAUGACUUUGCUGUAUGAAUUUCAAUUAUUAGAUGAACUUCCAAUGAUCUAUGCAGCAUGUGUCUUAACACACGACAUUUUCGAAACAGGAGAAAAAAGAAAGUUCGGCUUAUUUUUACCAUUAGCCUUAUUUAUAUAUGCACUAAGUGUAACAGCGGCUUAUUUAUAUAUCAACAAUCCAGUAUUUCAUCAAAUAUCAUAUGCAUUAUUAGUAAUAGUACUUAAUUUUCGAUCGAUUUAUUUAUUAACACAAGUACCUAAAGGUCAAACACGUAUUCUUAUGAAAAAAUUAUUGUUUACAUCUUGGACAACGUUUGGACUUGGAUUUUUCUUAUGGAAUGUUGAUAAUAUAGCUUGCCAUCAAUUAAUAGCAGCUCGUCGUAGAAUAGGUAUGCCUUUAAGUCAUUUAUUGGAAUUACAUGGAUGGUGGCAUAUUGGCACUGCGUUUGGUACUUAUUAUUGGAUUGUAUUUAGUAAUUAUAUUAGAAUAAUAUUAUUACAUAAGGAAAACGAAUAUAAUAUUAAAUGGGGAUUAGGGUUUGUUCCUUAUGUUGCUAAAAUUAGUACAACUUCAAAGAAAGAAAUAAAACUUAAUAGUAAAGUUGAAUGAUAUUUGAAACCACAACUUUUUAAUGCUCUAUUAAUAUAAUAAUUUUAAUUUACCACACUUUUAUAAAUAUAGACGAUGUAAUUAAAUUAUUACAUUUUUUUAUUAUAUUUUACAUAUAUAUAUAUAGUUUUGUUAUAAAUAAAUAAAUUGAUUGUUAGCAGAUUUUA